AUGGCUGUAUUCCGCAAAAACAGGACGUUGCACCAGCAGUUUGAGAGUUAUAAGGAGCAGGUGCGUCGCAUCGGCGUGGAGACGCGGCGCCAGCAGCAGGGCCAGCACAAGGACGACACCCCCACCUGCGGCAUCUGCCGCAAGACCAAGUUCGCCGACGGCUGCGGACACCUCUGCUCCUACUGCCAGACCAAAUUCUGCGCCCGCUGCGGCGGACGCGUCUCCCUGCGCUCCAACAAUGUAAUGUGGGUAUGCAACCUGUGCCGUAAGCAACAGGAGAUCCUCACCAAAUCGGGAGAAUGGUUUUCGGGGCCGGGGGAGAGGCAGAUGAGCCUGGAUGGCGGCCUGAACGCCCCGCCCACGGGGGGUGACACCCAACGGGGGGACAGGAAGCUACUCCGCUCCAGGUCCCAGGCCCCGCCCUCUUCCAGCGUUAACGCAGGGGCGGUGCCCGACGGAACGCAUCAGCCACCAACGGUACCGGCCAAGGGAGCGUUGGACACCAUGCCGGCUUCACGCGCUCGGAGCGAACCACCACGAGACAAGUAG